UGCCACCAGGGCUCCUUGCCCUUUGGCUCAGGCAGUAGUAAUUCUCUUCUGCUGCCCUCUCAGCAGAGCCAGCCCACGUUUGGCUUCCUCUUGGACAUUGAUGGCGUACUGGUACGUGGCCACAAAGUGAUCCCCGCCGCUCUGGAAGCAUUCCGCAAGCUGGUCGAUGCCCAGGGGCAGUUUCGGGUGCCCGUGGUCUUUGUCACAAAUUCUGGGAACAUCCUGCAGCAUGUCAAAGCCCAGGAGCUCUCCUCCCUCUUUGGGUUCAAGGUGGAUCCGGACCAGGUUAUUCUCUGCCACAGCCCCAUGGAGCUAUUCUCGCAGUUCCAUGGGAAGCGGAUGCUGGUGUCUGGGCAGGGGCCCCUGGUGGAAAAUGCCCGAUUACUGGGCUUCCGGCACGUGGUGACUGUGGAGGAGCUUCGGACAGCUUUCCCGGUGCUCGACAUGGUGGACCUGGAGCGCCGGCCCAAGACCACGGCCCCUGUGAGGAAUGACUUCCCCGCCAUCGAAGGGGUGCUCCUCCUCGGGGAGCCCGUCCGCUGGGAGACGAACCUGCAGCUGAUCAUGGAUGUCCUCCUCAGCAAUGGGAACCCUGGGACAGGUCUGGCGACAGCCCCGUACCCCCACCUGCCUGUCCUGGCCAGCAACUUGGACCUCCUUUGGAUGGCUGAAGCCAAAAUGCCCAGGUUUGGCCAUGGCACCUUUCUCCUGUGCCUGGAGGCCAUUUACAGGAAAGUCACGGGCAAGGAACUGCGGUACGAGGGCCUGAUGGGCAAGCCCAGCCUCCUCACCUAC